AUGAAGGAUAGUGAAGUAUUGUCCAUAGGUAGUGUCCAUUGGGCACACCUGCUUGUGCAAUUAGUACUUUCUCAUAACUUGGGUACUUUGGGUAUUAAAUACGAGUCGGUACAUUCGCCGGGCAGGACGAGGAAAUGCCUACUGGACUUUAUGAUUUAUUACUUUUUAAUUACCGCGACCGAUGGACGAGGGUCACAAGAACAAAAGGUUAAUUUACUUUCUAUUCUUUUUAAUUUCAGUCUAAUUGAGUUUUUGGUCGGAAUUACCAUAUUUAGGUGGCUCUAUUAUCUAACAAGUUGAUCCAAUUUGUUUCAUAAUGUCCGUGCUCAGACUUUCAAUUAUUCAGUAAAUAGAAUAACGCGCCGUGUGAAUGUUUUCGUCGUCGUGCCGCCUUUUGCUGCAGUCACGGCUAUUAAACGUUUAUCUGAAAAAAAAAAUAAAAAAAUAAUCAUAAUAAAACCAACCAAACGGCGUUUCGCGUUAAUAUACUUAGACCGCCCACCGUGUCCCAGCCCCGUGUACCGCGUUCAGCGGAUAUGAGUUCUUAAUAUAAUCGUUUUAUCCCGUUUAAUGGUAAUUAUAAUAUCGUAACGCCGUCGGGCCGCAAGAUAAAUAUUAUUAUUUCAUCUUAACAAAAAUAUUAAGUACCUACCUAUUCAAAAUCGCGCGAGUAAAUAUUUUCAAUAAGUAAACAGGCUGCGAUAAAACGGGUGCGAAUCGCGGCCCGUUUAUGGUUCAGAAUGUUUUCAGAUGCACAUCUAUUGAAUGAAUUAUACGAUUUCAAUUCGAAUUAAUCGUGGCACAUCCAUUCAGCAUACUCGAUUGUGUACGACACGUUUUCCGUAGGUAUUAAAUGAUACAAUCGCGUACAAGGUAAUAAUUUCUUAAUGGAAAUCGGUGUCGCCCAAACUGUAUUUUUGUAGUGUAGCAGAAUUUUAAAUGUAAAACCACCACUCGCCUCGGAAACUUUUACCCGCAUAAAUAUAUUAUAAUUUUUCGACCCUAAAAUUUAUAUGACUCUGGGAAUGUUUAUACCCAUUCUACCCGACUAUCCCAAAUCCCAAUUACCGGGAACACCCAAUAAAAUAUGAUGUGCGUACAAAGGCGUCCAUCUUCGAAAAUGGAGGGGGGGGGAAGAGGGACACUGUAUUUUUUCAAUAAUCCUACCUAAUGCUAUUUUGAUAUUACAAUCAUGUCGUCAACAACCAAUGGGAAACCACAAGAGAAAAUAAUCCUACCAUAUAAUAUAUAAUAUGAUUAUCAUUUUUUCAUUUAUUCGAUGUAUUUUAACAUAAAUUAUAAUAUUUUAUGUAUAAAUGUAUAACAGACCCGGAAAAGCCAAGGAGGAGACAUGUCCCCUCAUUGCCCUCCCCCCCAAUGGACGCUCAUGUGUGUGUAGCAACUCGAAGUAUAUGGUUUGGGCACCACUGAUGAAAGCAUUGCAGAGAAUAUUUGAAUAGGUUAUUCGCUCGUGACUGCGAAGUUGAAAAUAUCGUGGGUGUUUUGUUAUUAUCACGCUAUAUUAUAUUAUUAUUAUUACCCCCUAAAGAAAUCGGAAAUCUCGGAAAACUGCGUAGUACUUUGUACGGGUAUUUUAUAACGAACCGACGCGUCCGUCCGAAACGUUUUCGUCCGCCUGCAGUAUUAUUAUACGUAUUACAUUGGUCAAGGGGGAGGGGGGGCAACAGGAGGGAUUGUCUCCCCUGCACCUGAUCGUUUCCCUCUCAAAUUUAUUAAAUGUACAAUGUGUACUAUGCAAUAUUAUUGCUUGAUAAUUUGAUUGGCAGUAGAAGCAAUAGUAGUAGAAGUAGCAGCAAUUCCGAUUAUUCAUUAUGUGAUUAAUAGUUCAAAACAAUCACGAAACGAAGUUGUGUUCAAAGAAGUUUUAAAAGAUUGGGAAAGUUUAUUAAUCAAAGACAAAACUGAAUCUCCAAAACGUAAGGAAAAGACUCCUAUAAACUUCAACGAUUAUAUUUUUGGUGAAUUAUUUGGUACUUAUACUCGUACAUAUAUCGAAAACGAUAUUAACAUUUCGUUAUUACGUACCUUUUAUCAGGUUAUUGACAUAAUAAAACCUGAAAUGGAAAUUAGUUUAAACAAAAAAAAAAUAAUGAACUUAUUGAAGCUAUUUCUAAUAUAUAAGAUUUGAAUCACGAUGGUUUUAAAAUAUUUGAAGAUCUUAAUAUUAACAUUCUUUCAAAAGAAGAAACAAUUUGUGUAAAAGACAAUUUAAAAGAAAAUAAUAUAUCUAAUAAGGAUAUUUUGUUGGAGCUUUAUCUACAACGUAAAGCAUUCAAAGUUGCAUUUGAAAUGAUAGCAGCCGUUGAAGUAUUUGGAUCUGGCUCAGCGGUUUGUGAAUCGACAUUUUCCUGCUUAACUCGACUCGAAAAUCCUCAAAGACAAUCAAUAAAACAUGACCGGUUUUCCAACUUGGCUUCAUUGGCGUUUGAGUCAGAACGGACCGAAAAAUUAAAUUUGGACGCAUUAUUAAUGGAUUUCAACAAGCAAAAACGUAGGAAACUGCAGCUGCAAUAA